AUGGUAUCAUGGUGUCAGCGUCUCCCUACAGUGGAGUUCCUCAUCCAAUCUGCUCAACACUUCCAAGUUGCGCCUAUUGUUAAAUACUCUGCGCUAUCCUUGUUCGCCGAUCGCUUUUUUCCUUCUUUACCUGCCUUCGUAAAAGGUGGAAAUUCUACGAGCUGGCUAUUGCGACCUCUCACACAAAGCGCAUUGCACCUGUUUGCGCUCAUUUCUCUUUGGAUUUCGAGCAAAAUACAUGAUUCUCAACCGCUUUCCGUUGCAUGUUUCAAGUCCUUGGCGGACACUUCCAUUAACGAACAGCACUUCACAACUCGAAAUUUCCUCGAUGCAGAAGUGCUCUUCAUGGAGGUGUUGAAUUUUGAGAUUGGCACAGCAGACAUUGCUUUUUUGUUCCUUGAAGAGCUUUGGAUUCAGAUCAAGGGAGUGGCAAAAGUUGGUGAACUGAUUAGCUUUGAAGCUUGCAUGGAAAUUAUGGAUCUUCUCUAUGAAAAAGAGGAGACAUUAUUUGUUUUUAGGUCUCCUUACUCCCUUGCUGCAUCAAUUUUGGUUGUGUCAUAUGUAAUGACAGUCCCCAAACAGAAAUGGGAGUUUCCAGUUCUUGCAUGGGUAAAUUUUGUGACCUCUUGUAAGGAAGAAGAGAUCAUAAAAAUGGUUACAGAGAUUCUCAAGCAUGUGCUUGAACCUUCUUGA